CACCCCUUCUCAGCCAAUCUCUACCAUAACCUCACCCUCUUUGAGAUCUAACUAGAGAGAAAUUGACCAUGCAUCCAAAUUAUGAUAGUUCAAGUAUAAACAACAUGCAACAACAAGACUACUUCCACUUAAACCCCUAUUACAACAACUUAAACCCUUCAACCAAUAACAAUCUCAAUCUUCUCUCAUACCCUCAAAUUCAAGAACUCAAUAAUCUACAAUCUCCAGCAAGCAACAACAACUCUACCACGUCCGAUGAAGCAACUGAAGAGACAUUCGUCAUCAGCGAGAGAAAGCAAAGACGUAUGGUAUCUAACAGAGAAUCAGCAAGAAGGUCAAGAAUGAGAAAGCAAAGACACUUAGAUGAGCUUCUCUCGCAGGUUGCUUGGCUUCGAAGCGAGAACCACCAGAUUUUAGAAAAGCUUAACCAAGCCUCGGAUAGCAAUGAUCUUGUUCUUCAAGAGAACUUGAGUCUUAAAGAGGAAAACUUGGAACUUCAACAAGUUAUCACAUCUAUGAAGAAGCUUGAAGGGGGAAGCACAAGUUUCCGUGGUAGAUACUGUUCUUCUUCCUUGGAUCAUGACUUGGAUCAAGACUUCUCUUGUAUUACAAAUGAUCCAAGGACUCAUCAUCCGUCAUGAGUUGUUUGUGAUCGAACUUAAUAAGUUUCAGCCCAUAUAUUUCUAGGCUGAGAAUAAAGCGGAUUUCUUAUGUAUUUUUCACUGAGCUAGCACCGUUGAUAAAUUAUUUUUUAACGGUUUAACUACGUACUAAAGUUUGUGUUAUCUUUUGAUGAAUAGUGAAUUUGAAGAUUACGUCUA